AUGAGGCAACUUCAACAAGUUUACAUGGGCAAAGGGGAGUCGCGAGACUCUGAUGUGAAGGGCAGUGUGGAGCUGCCACCGAUGCCAGAAGUGACAGCUGACAGUGCGGUUAGCUUCUCGGACUGGCUGUAUGAGACGGAGCAGGCAGUGGGAGGACUGAGUGACCGCGCGGCGAGCUGGUUCUCCAUGUGUCUGAAAUGUGCGAGGGAAACCUACGAGGUCUACCAGAUGAGUGAUCCCUUGGCCCGCUUGACCCUGGAGCCAACGAGACCUCCCGAGCUUCAGGAUGAACGGUGGUCUCGCCUGGAGCGCCGUGUUCUCACGUUGCUUCUUGCAACGCUGCAGCGGCAAGCCAAGGAUGACGCGGUUACCCACCGCAUCUCGAAUGUCAGCGGCCUUCUUUUCAGACUACAUGUUCUUUAUGCUCCUGGAAGCAGCGCGGAACGAGCCUCUAUUCUGAGGCACCUCGAAGGAAGCAGUGGAACAGGAAAUGUUUCUGAGACUGUCGCUGCGCUGAGGAGGUGGCGAAGACACCUUCAACGAGCAGAUGAGAUGCACGUGGCUAUCCCUGACCCUUCGGUGUUACUACGAGCUGCAGAGACAAUGGCAGCUAAGUCGCUUGAGGCCCACUCGGAGAUCAAAUUCAGACUCUCCCUCUCCAAGUCCCAGCUUCAGUUGCAGUACAGGCCGACGUUGGAGAAUGUUCUGAAGUACUACAACCACGUGCUUGCUGAGCUUCAACAGGCGGCUCCGGCAAGAUCGCAGGGCUCCCAGGGUACCAAUGUGAAUCCAGAUGGGACGAAGUUGAAGGGCAUGAACGCUACAACCAAUGGUGCUGGAACUGGAGAGUCGGGCUCUCCAUCACGGAGAGUUGGGGAUGCUUCACCGGCAACUGGAAAGGUGCCGUGUCGCUUCUUUGCGUCAGACAAUGGAUGUACGAAGGGGCAGGCGUGCAAGUUCGACCACACCUUCCCCAGCAAAGAGGCCAAGAAAAGCCGCUGUUGGUUUUGCGGCUCCACCAAGCAUGUUCAGAAGGAAUGCCCCGUGAAGUCUGGCAAACCCGUGUCUCCAACUAGGGGAAGGCCAACUACUACAUCUACGACCUCCUUUACUACCAACCCAACCUUGAAUCAGGUGACAGCGCAACAACAACAAGCCAUCAUGGAGUCGAUUCAGGCUGUUAUGGGAGCUGCUGCCACGCCCACGACGAGCGCGACCCCGGGAACUUUGACGGCAGCGCCGACGGAGGUCUCUACUCCUAGUACUCCUGCUAUACGGGUGACUUCAUCUGAUGUGUCUACGGCGGCUACGUUGGAGCAUCCGGGCAGUGAUGAAAGAACUCAGGAGAUUGGUGCUCUUCUACAACAAGCCAAUGCGAUGCUCAACAGACUGACCCGACUGCAGGCUUUGCAGGUAUCUUCGGACAGGAGCUUGAAGGAGCUUGCAGCUCAAAUGGCUGGCUUGGGCUUUGCUGAGGAGGAGCAUAUGGCGCUACUUGACAGCGGUGCCUCACACCCCUUUCGAGAACGAGCUCUUCAUGAAGUUGAUGGGGUACCUGUACGUGUAGAACUUGCAGGAGGCCAGUCGGUGACCCUCAAACAAAACAAGGCUGGAACGCUGUUGCCAACCACGGACGCUGAGAAUGCUCAGGACCUGUCAACGAUCCUGCCGAUGGGAGCUUUGGUCCAGACGUUGGGGUGCGAGUUGUCUUGGACGAAGAAGAAUGGCUUAAGAAUCGUUCACCCGCAGUUUGGGACUUUGAAGACGGUGGUCAAGGGCAACUGCCCGUUGCUUGGCGAGACCCAGGCAUUGGAUUUGAUCCACCAGCUCGAGCAGAAGAAGUUGCAGGAACUGAGAGAGGCCACGGCGGAGACCUUCCUUGGGACUUUGAACCUUUCAGAAGUGAAGGAUUGGGAUGAGAUGUUUGCCGCCUACGUGCAGUCAGGGAACAGGGCUCAUCUGUUGCAGGCACUGGAGUCUCCCGGGUGCCCUCUUCAAGGACUUGAUGAGUCGAUGAGGUCAAUGCUUGCAGUGGGUGUUGAUCUGAGUGAUGAAGCGGGAGCAAGGUACCUCAAGGCCCUUCCAAUCCGCAGAUCCCAGAGGAAGUCCUUGCUGACAAAGAGAUGGAUGGUUCGAUUGUUUGAACUCGACAACGAAACUUCAGAAGAUUUGAAGAUGAUGGAAACCAACUCUGAGGUUUUGGUGAACUUCAAUCUGAACCGCAGCAAGAUGUUCAACCUCAAGGGUGACAGUGCAGCGUAUAAGGCUUUGGUGUGGGCAGCGUGCAGGGGUCAGAUUGAAGGAGUUUGUGGUUCUCCACCUAGCAAUUCCUGCUUGGAACUGUUCUCGCGCCAGCUGCUGAUUUGGAUGUUGGCUAAGGAGGGCGCUCGAGUGAAUCAUCGGGUCAGUCCUUACUUGGUGACUACCGCAAGCCCGGCAUCAAGGAUGUGGACUACGACUGUGUGGCAAGGUUUUCAAAGGGAAUAUCAGCUCCCAGCUUCCUAUGUCUCCACUGAGGGCGUAAGUGAAGCCUACUGCGUGGCCACCAACCUAGCACUUUCAGGAGGAGAUGAUCCAGGCUGGGGACCUCAAGUUGACCCCACAAGCAGUUCGUCAAGGAGAUGGUCAAGGUGUUUUGUGCGGAUGAUUGCCUCUGGGAUUGAGCGUUGGCGUAAGAGACCCGAGCCACUUGUCCUGUGCAGUGGAGCUGUUCCGGAUUCGCCUUGGAGCCCUGAAGAACUGCGGAAAUGGAGGCGACAUGUGGCCAACGGCACCUUCCUUACAACAAGAGGCCGGAGUCAUCGUCGAGUGAUUGCACCCAACUGCUACACGUUGGGAUUGGACCUGUGUGGACCUUUUCGAGUCCACGGCGAGACGGCGGAUGCGAAGGGAUACCGCUACGCUUUGAUGGGUGUCUACACAAUGCCGAAGCUCCAGGGUUUUCGCGACUAUAAGAUCCCUGAAGACGAGGACGGAGAAGGAGAUGAUGGAGGUGGUGUUGGAGAAAUACCAGCAGAGGAGGAGCCAGACUUUCUUGUUGAAGGCGAUGAAGAGCAGCCCGAUGUUUCUCGAGAGGACCGAGAGGAGAUGGACAAGGCCAAUUCGGACUUCGCAAGGUUGUUCCGGGAGAUCGGGGACACUCUUGAGUACCAGAACCUUCACUACAUGAUUCCCCUUAAGUCUCGAAAGGCCCCGGAAGUUGAAGCAGCGAUCAGGUUGCUCUACGUCCAGAUCAGGUCGGAGGGCUUGCCAGUUCAACGAGUGCAUAGUGAUCGUGCGCGUGAGCUUAGAGGCCGUGGGAUUCGGCAAUGGUUGCUUGAACGGGAUGUGUACCCCACCACUGGAGAGGCGCAGGUGCCCCAAAGCAACGGCAAGGCAGAGCAAGUUGUGAAGGCUUUGAAGCAAAGGGCCAAGACGCUUCUGCAGACCUCUUCGUUGCCACGGUCGUGUUGGCCGCUCGCUAUGGGACAUGCUGCAUGGGCUCAGAGAGAAGCUGCGCUGGGACGUGGAACACAAACUGUGCCGUUUGGGGCUCCUGUGACUAUCAAGGCUAAGGUCUUUGGCGUCGGGGGCAAGUUCGGUUUGAACAGCAAGUGGGAUAAUGGGCAGUUUGUUGGACCGGAGACUGAGCUCAAGGGUCGUCGUAUCAGAGAAAAGUCGCGAUUGAUGGCUAUGCGUCCGUUGACCUUGUUGGAACAAGAGAUUGAGCAGAUGGCAGUGAACUAUGAUGUUGAUGAACAGUAUGAUGAAGAGGCUGUUCUUCGGAUCUAUGAGAUGUUGGAGCGCACUCGGCUUCAAGGGCUUCCAUCGACUACGGCUUUCUUGGUGAAGGCGGCGAAGGAGUUGACGGGUAGUGACAAGUUUGCGGUUGUUGCUAUCACGCGUGGGGCCCGACUCAGAGCUCAUCGAGAUUCUCACAAUGAAGCGGGUUCUGAGAAUGCCGUCAUUGCUUUGACAGAUUUCCAACGUGGAGGUAUAUGGAUCGAAGGUCGUGGAGCUGAGAGUCGAGAAGUCCUUCCUGGAAGAGUUGUUCAAGGUGGUGUUCAAGAUCUGGAGCUCGGAUCCCCGGUGUUCUUCAAUCCGAGGAAAUGGCAUGAGACUCAGGACUUUGAGGGUGACCGCGUCGUGAUGAUGACGUACACCCCGAGGACCACCAAGUUGAACAUGGAGGACAAGCAGAGGCUACGAGAGCUUGGGUUCAAUGUUCCGGAACGAGAUCCUGGCCUUCAUACUUCGUCGAAUGUGAACGUGGCAUGGUGCAAGCAGCAGUUGGUAGUUGAGGCCGAUGAAGCUUUGGUGUCGUGUUCACAACUUGAUCCUGAAGGGAGCGAGGAAGAUGUGUUGGAUGGUGCUUUACUUCGAGCCAAUGAGUACCAACAACAGUCUACCCAGGAGGGAUGCUUGGAAGCUGCUCGGCAAGCGCAUGGGGAGAUCAUGCAAGUCCUUGACAAUUUGGCGGUGAAGAUCGAGAAGGAGACGCAACGACGUGAUGAGAGUUACCACCUUCGGGCAAUUUCGCCUGAGCCAAUGGACCAAGACUAUGAGAAGUUGUUGGAAGACCUUCAAGAAGAUCUUCAAGUGACUCACACGGUACCGCUGUGUCAAGUGAAACCAGUUGCUGAAAAGUGGAGGGCAGCCAUCCAAAAGGAAAUCUCCAACCUCUUCAACACUGGGACCCUCAAAAGGAUUAAGAUGUCACAAGCGCGAAGGAUGGAAGCAGAAUGGCGACUACGACUCGUCCCCAGCAAGGGCGUCCACACAAUCAAGCCGCCAGCUGAAAAGGGGCAAGGAUUCAAAAGAAAAUACAGACUUGUUCUAUGGGGGAACUUUGUGGAUCCCAGCGAGUCCCAAGGUUCCCUCUAUGCCGGGGGAGUUGGAGCAGAGAGCCUUCGAACCUUGUUGGCGGCUACUACAAGUUUGGGCUGGCUUGGCGCGACGACAGAUAUCGUUUCCGCGUUCAUUCAAGCGGAAUGGCCAGAAGGGCUUCCAAUGUAUGCUGUGGUGCCACCUCGUCUUUUGCAAGAACUGGAGUACGCAGAAGAUGGAGAGGCUUGGCUUGUAUGCCGUCCACUCUAUGGACUUCGAGAGUCACCAUCGAUAUGGGCCAACUACCGCAACGAACGACUGAGAACUUUGAAGAUCCCGUACGGUGAUGGUUUCAUUACGCUACAGCAGUCUAAGACGGACUCUGAGUUGUGGUACGCAGUAGAUCAAGGUGGAGAUUUGCAAGCGCAUGGUUCUCUACUUGCUCUUAUCAUCACCUAUGUGGACGACCUGUUCUACAUGGGCCCUGAAGGGAUUGUGAAGAUGCUCCACAAGUGGGUUCACGAUCAGUGGCCGUGCUCUGAAUUACAAUGGGCUUCUGUUUCUCCUGGAGUUCGGUACCUUGGAAUGGAGAUUUUUCAGAGGGAGACGGGGGAGUAUGAGGUGACCCAGAAUGGCUACAUCAUGGAUUUGAUUCGAGGGCACGACAUGUUGGGAUCCCCUCAGACUCUUCUUCCCUGCCCGAAGGAGUGGAUCACGGACAAUGUGGACACGGAAGCCGAGGAGUUCAGUGAAGCAGACCUACGGUUGGCUCAGCGGUUGGUUGGAGAGCAGCUAUGGCUGGCAAUGCGAUGCCGUCCAGACGUUCACUUCACGGUAAGCUACAUGGCCAGCUGGGUUGCAAGACAUUCAAGGCGAGUGACAAAGAUCGCCUACAGGGUCUUGGCCUACUUGCAUAAGACGGCGUCGUUCGGUGCAUCCCUCAUUACAGUGGAAGAUUCGCCCGUUAGCUGGCGCUGCGGAAAACAAACAUUUGUUAUGCUUUCGAUCAUGGAGUCGGAGCUCUACCAAGCCACGGAAGCAGCUGUUCUUCCGGAAAAUGUGGGUGUGCUUUUGGAUGAGCUAGGGCAGUUUGAAGUGCCUCGAACGCUGUGUGUCGACAAUUCUGCUGCUACGGCAAUGAUUCUUGGAGGACCGGGAAGUUGGCGCACAAGGCACCUAAAAGUCCGUUCAGCCUACUUGAUCCAGAGGGUCCAAGAAAGGAAGCUCCAUGUGGAACAUGUGGAUGGAGUGAAGCAACGAGCAGACCUGUCGACUAAGGUUCAUUCGAAGGCCAGGUUGUAUGCUUUGCUGAAGCUGUGGAGGUUCGAGCGACUCCCACAAGAAGCAGAGGCUUUCCUGGUUGCUCGUAUGACUGCGAUCAUGUGCUUAUUUCGACUGCUGGAAUCGUUGCCGAGAGCAACGGCUACGGAUACCGAGGACGCUAAGGAUUCUGUGAGAAUUGCUGGCGUCGAUGAGUUGGUGUUCGUGACGAUUUUGGCAUGUGCAGCUGCUAUUUUGGCAUGGGAGAUUGUGAAGGCGGUUGGCAAGCAGUUGUGGCUUUGCUUCUGUCGUCCAGUGCGUGGACGGAAGGCUAAGAAGCUCAGGGACCUUGCGAGGGCUGCAGCAGAGGCCGAAGUCGACAAGGCCCUGAGCCCUGAACCUAAGGCGGCAAUGAGGCAGCCUACAUUGGGUGCUAUGUCAAGUACUGCGUGGUUUCCUUCCUCCCUGGAAGUGCGACAGCGAUCAAUCGCUACACAGACUGAGGACAGGAUGCGAGUUUCAGCGCCUGUGGUGGCAACGCCACCUCGCCAGGUGAGAUCGACGAUUCAAGACGACGACUGGUAUGUGCACUUUGAUGGUCCGUUCUUUCGCUCAGAGUACGGAGAUACUGUGCAUGCGAAUCCAAACUGCAACAUCCGAUUUACCAGAAACGAGCUCAGGUUAAUUCCAGAGUCAAAGGUAUCCGACCAGCCAUUGCCAGAUGGUGAGGAUGAUGAUUGUUGUGAUGAUAUGGAGAUGGGGAUGCAUGCAGCCAAUGAGCUCGAAGCUACGAUGCCUCUUUACCUUGACAAUUGUGUUACAAAGGACUCCAUAUCGGACAUGUCUAUCAGCAAUCCUGGCCUUGCGUCGGGUGCUUACGCACCUGUGACGGAUGGCACACAGUCACAAGAGCGCAGAGUGACGAAGGCUUGUUCCGGCGUUGUUUUUAACAAUGACCUGGCAACGGCUGUCGAAGUGGUGCUGGGCACUGAGAAGAGGGUGAUUUAUCCUGGGAGAAAUCACGCGUUCGAGAUCUCCUCCACCUCAGACAGGAAGUUGACUGUCGCUCUGCGAGACAAUCCGGAGGUUUCAGCACACUGCCAUCUGCGGUCUGGGGCCGACUUGUCCCUGAGUGCCUCCGGCUCCUUUGGGUCCUUCGGCGUGGCAGCCGCCGAGCUCCUGAAGAAGGAGCAGGAUGAGAUCCAGCGAGAGAAGCACCUGCGACAGAAGCGACAACAGACGAUGAAGGCGGAGGUGCCACUUGUUCGUGUGUUCUGCUUCAUUUUGGUGGCUUCAGAAUCCGCAUUGGGAUGUUCAGGAUUUUGCAGAAUUCCCCGAAGAGCUUGCCACACUUCUUGGGCUGGAUCUGGAACUUCAGGUGGAUGA